GGUAUGAAUAUUUUUGCCUGUUUAUGCAACAGGGGGCGGGUAUUGUUGUGACUGACUGAAUUUGAGCGAUAUAGUAUGUUGGUAUUAGUUCUUGGAGACCUGCACAUUCCUCAUCGAUGUCAAGGUCUUCCAAUCAAGUUUAAAAAGUUGUUAGUUCCAGGAAGAAUCCAUCAUAUCCUAUGUACAGGGAAUUUGUGCACAAAGGAAUCAUACGACUACCUUAAGACCUUAGCUAGUGAUGUUCAUGUUGUUCGUGGAGACUUUGAUGAGAAUCCGAGCUAUCCUGAACAAAAAGUAGUAACUGUGGGUCAGUUUCGAAUUGGACUCUGUCAUGGCCAUCAAGUUGUUCCAUGGGGAGAUCCACAUAGUUUGUCACUUAUCCAGCUUCAGCUAGAUGUGGACAUUCUUAUAUCUGGUCACACACAUAAGUUUGAAGCUUAUGAACAUGACAAUAAAUUUUACAUCAAUCCAGGUUCAGCAACAGGAGCCUAUAAUCCAUUAGAUAGCAACAUCAUUCCGUCUUUUGUUUUAAUGGAUAUUCAGUCUUCAACAGUAGUAACCUACGUAUAUCAACUGAUUGGAGAAGAUGUCAAAGUGGAAAGGAUAGAAUAUAAGAAGUCAUAAAUACAUUUUUUCUUCCUGUACAUUUAACCACUAUUUCUUAGGUAAAUUAAAAUCCUUAGCAUGUCAAAUAAUGCAGCUACUUGUAUUUGAAUAAAAUUGUGCCAAGUGGUAUUAUUUAAAUAACAUACAACUACAGAUAUGUAGUAAAAAAAUAAUGUCCCAUGAUUUAGUGAAAAAAAGGGGUAAUUUUAAAACUGUAGGGCUUAUGUAAUCUUUUCUAGUGUAUGUCUGCUCUCAUAAUUUUUUGGCAUAUUAUUUCUCUUUGCUGAUGACUUAUCAAAACUUGUAUUGUAGACUAUUUUUUGUAUGUAGAGAGACAAAUCAUGUGUACUAAUAUGGAGACAAAUAUUCUGAAGACUUAAUUUUUAUUUUUAAUUCACUAUAUAAAAGGAUUUUUUAAAAUUUGCUUUUUGUUCAAAAACUAAGUAAUUAAGUAUAAUAAUUGUAACUUUUUUCCUCUCCCUCUUAGUACUUUUGCAUGUAACACAAUUUGCCACUAUCCAAAGAUUAGUUUUUUUUAUUUUAGCAUUUUUUCUUCAGUUAAACCAUAAAAUGUAUGAAAAUGGCUAAUACACUUGGUGCAUAAAACGUAUAGGUAAUAAAAUGUAUAUGCAUUCUGAAGUCCUGUUUCUUAGUUUGAUUAUACUUCUUCGUUCAUAUUGUAUGUCAUUUCUAAGUUUAAACUUCUACAUUGUGCUGUUUAUAUCUAUUGUCUGGUAUAAUAUAUUAUAACUUAAAUUGUAGAUUACUAUUUGCAGUGAAUAUGACAUGUUUAUUACAAUCAAGCCUGUUGUACAUGCAGUGAAUAAAUUGAUUGUGGAAAUAAAAUUUCAUAUUUUGAGAAACAAAUAUAUGAACAGGAAAAGAACAUGUAUAAGUAAAGCUACUCAAUAAAACUGUCUUUCAUAAGUA